AUGUUUAACGAGCAGUAUGUAUUUGUGCCAUUAAUGGAGCGAAAAGAUCUGUGUCCGGAAUGUAUCGAAUUAUUGAAUCAGGAAUGGCCAAGAAGCGUAGGUGCACGUGAGAAUACGCUACGUAAAUCACUUAAUUUAACGCCUCCUAUGUCGUUCGUUGUGGUCGAUAAAAAGACGGAUAAGUUGGUGGGUCAUGCAAGGUUAUGUCCACUUCCGGCUAUAUCACAAAGUUGCUGGAUCGAAUCCGUUAUCAUUAGUAGCAAUUUAAGAGGUAAAGGUUUGGGAUGUUGGCUAAUGGCACAGCUCGAAGAUAAAGCUAGGAAGUUUGGUUUCAACAAGGCUUAUUUAUCCAGUAAAAAUAAACAAGGAUUUUACGCAAAAUGUGGUUAUUCGACUUGUGGACCAGUGUUUAAUGUUGGUGCUAAUACGGCGUUAUUUGAGAGAUUUGGUUUGGGAAGAUCUUUCUCAUCAGCGUUUAAUGAAUCCUGUAAUGUAUGUUGA